AUGGCUACCGUCGAACACUGCCUGAUGUGCUUCGAGGCGCUCGACGCCGCACUUAACAAGACCAAGGCCCUGUCUCUAGACGAGCUGCGCGCGUCCUGGGCCGUCUACAACAGCGCAACCGCCCCCGCGUUGGCCUUUUCGCCCAAGGACCCUGCGCUGCAGCGCGUGGCCGCCGACAGCGAUUCCGCCUCGGCCUCGUCCUCGUCGACAACCUCCAUCGGGGCCUCGACGCCCGCCACGUCCGCCUCCUCCCUCACGCCCGCCCCCGUCACCUCUGCGCCGCUCUUUGUCACUUGGAACACCUUUGACAACGACAACGAUGACGACGACGACGAGGCUGACAAGGACGCCGUCUCGCUCCGCGGCUGCAUCGGCACUUUUGAGAGCCAGCCGCUCGCGUCCAGCCUAGCCGAGUACGCGCUCAUCUCGGCCCUGCAGGACACACGGUUCGCGCCCAUUUCCAGACGCGAGCUGCCGUCGCUGCAGGUCGCCGUGACGCUGCUCACCGACUUUGAGGAGGCGGCCGACGCGCACGACUGGGACAUUGGCACGCACGGCAUCCGCCUCUCUUUCCACGACAAGGGCCGCCGCUACGGCGCCACCUACCUGCCGGACAUUGCCGCCGAGCAGGGCUGGACAAAGGACGAGACGCUGUUUAGCCUGGUGCGCAAGGCGGGCUGGACGGGCAGCCGCGGGCGAUGGACGGAGCUCGACCUCAAGGUGACGCGGUACCAGGGCAAAAAGCGGUCGCUAAACUACGACGAGUACAGGGCGUGGAAGGAUUGGGCGGCGAAGCAGGCAUAG